UGAUGCCAUCGCCAUUGGGUAGGCACUGGAAGGACUACAUUCGGCAUCGACUCAAAAUGACGGAACGUGGCAUUGCCGUGUAUACGACAGACAAAUACACGAGACUGAAUUUUGAUAAGUACGUUCGAUCAAACAGUGUGACCGAUAGCAUAGCCGGAAUGUUGAUCAACCAUCAGCCAUCACUUAUGCGUUUUGGAGCUGCUCAAAUGUCGCCCAGUUCACCUAUCGGCAUCAAAAUGACACUGCGUUGCCCGGGCAAUCGGAAGAUGUUACGGAGCUACAAAAAGUGUCCUGGUUGUGUGGUUAAUAUGGUCGACGAGUAUUUCACUUCUCAAACAUGUGCCAAGUGCUUUGGCCGUUUGGGAUCGACGCACGAAACGACAUCGGUUCAAAGUGGUACAAGCAAUGCUGCCAUCAAUGAUCUUGUGCAAGGUCAACAAACGAAAGAUGAGGCAAGAGAAGCUGAAAGUGUUUUUGCUCGAGAAAGAAGCGGAAGAGGGCAACGGAAAUCCAGCGGUUGGAAAUGAUGUCCCACAUCCAGAUCAACUAAAUCCAGAUUUACUCCCAAAUUUAGCGAUCUACUAUAAAACAUGGCAGGUAAAUGGGUCUAGUGGAAUUUUGGAAUACGUGAACGUCAAUCGAGCCGAUGAUAUGGAAGUUGUUGAGCCACGAGCACACAAGACGACAUGGCAUCGUGACAUAGCCGCUGCAAAAUGUACCCUGAUCAAAGGACACUGUGACUUGUUUGGGUUUCCGUUACCCGAAACAUUGCAGGGACCAUCUAACCAGCAUCAUACAUCGUCGUUCACGCCAUUCACAUUGAAUAAUUUAAAUAUUAAAAUAUAACAUUAUGUUUCCAUCCGCUAUGCCUGAUUGUUGUGGUAUAGUAGGCGUAACUCGAAAGAGGCCAGAAGUACUCAUGUAACGGUCAAUUUAUGUUGUUCGGGAUAAAUUUAAUCCGAGGG